AUGAAGGGCGGUCGACCAGACGAAGUCACAGCGAUGCGUCCACCCCCAGGCACUAUGUUGCGCAUUCCGAUCAAUGGCACCGUAGUUGAGAUGUCUUGGGAAGAAUACCAGAAAUUUGGCGACCCACAGCGCCGGCCUCCUUCGACUGAGCCGUCUGUGCAGCCAAAGAACACGAUUCGCCAAGGCUACAACAUGAAUACCGCCCGCCUCCCUCUGCCGCCACAUCAUCGUCCAGGUAACCUGGUGGUCAUACAAGGGCGCGAGAUGGUGCAGCUGCCCUACACCACGCCCUAUCGUACCGACCCAAAGGGAGUCAUUAUGCCGGGUGUGGAUUAUCGUCGAGCCGAAUCAGGUCAGAGCGUCAUGAAUGAAGCUAAUAGACGUUGGAAUGCGUAUGGUAGUAUCAACAAUCGGAUCGAGCAUAUCGAGGAGAGUGCGAUGAAUGUUGAUCCGCCAGCGGAAGACGUUGGGAAUGACGCAGCCCGAGAUGGUCAAGACGUUGCUGAGCCGCCAUCUGCACCAGCGGCUGAGUCGAACACAAGAGUCCAAACACCAGAGCUAGACACUACGAUGGCAGAAGCUCCAGAUGUUGCAGAUGGAGAAGCUGCGCCUGCCUCACCAACCGACUCUAUUCCAUCACGCCCAAGAUCUGCGCCUGUCCACGACUUUCAUCCACCUCGUCGGUUCGCCACUCCACCAUCUUUACGCAAGCCACCGGCCAAUCGUGCACCAUUCGCAGACACUAACGCAUCCAACAGCGUUCCACCAAGGUCGCCAGUUGUGCCGGACUCUGCGACACAGGCGUCGCGGCGUAGUGUGCUUCCUCCAAGCACACCCGUUGGGCCACCCGCUGAAUUAGAAGGCACUACUCUCCAGGGCACGAAUAGAUCGAUGCUCUCCGAAGCUGAGACCUUGAUCCUCACACCUACACCGGUACGCGCUGCUGUAGCUCCUCGCAACCUCACAGCCACGCAAGAUCCUCCUAGCACCCCAGUCCGCAAGCCCAUCAAGACAGCUCCUUCCACACCGGGUUCUCGCAGUACUACCGUUCCCACCACACCUGCGUAUCACAACGCCCACCACUCUCCUCGUCGAGCCGAGCAAGCUAUCAAUGCCGACCGUCUGGAGGCUGCCCGUCGCGCUACUCUGCGAGCUACCUUGGCGCAGCUGCCCGAAUCGCUCGCACUGGGUCUAGGACAAGAUGUCGUGCCGAUCACGCCUGCCAGAAUGGUUGCCGAGAGAGGAAGAUGGAUGAGUCCGCCGCCUGGUGCGAUUGCGAACAUGGCUAGCAGCCCAGUGGAGACGGUAGUUGAGGAGGCCUCCGAAGAUGAGGAUGGGAAAGAUGGCAAGCAGGCCAAGGGCCGUAAGGGUGGAGAUAGAGCAAAGACCACCCCAAAGCGAAAGCGAAGAACCUAUUCCGAUGAUGAUGACGAUGACGACGACAAUGAUGGAGACUUCGCCAGCUCCAACAUAGAGCCCUCCUCAUCGGUCAUGCCAGCACCGCGUCAUCGAUACACCGGACGUACCCGUCAAGGUACCGCUCCUGCGAGCUCACAGCCUCGGCAGACGAAUGAUAAUCGUGCGAAACGCCGUCGGUCUGGUUCUGUUGCCAGUGGUGUCGAAGGGCGUGGAUCUAUGUCGGCCGGGGCGGACUCUGAUGCGCCAGAUACUCCGACGAGGAGAACGCGCAGUGGUCGGGAAUUCACGCCGUUUGCGCCGUAUGUGGCGAAGCCUGGUCAGAAGUGA